AUGAGAAAAAUAGUUAAGUUAGUUCGGCGUGAUAUCGAAGUACAAGUUAGUGGUGGCGGGCUGUCUGUAGAACUUCAGGUUUGUACUGCUCUCAAAGCGUGGGCUAGGCAAGAAGUACAAGAUGAUGCAGCAGACAUUCAUGGGCUUAGCCAACAGUCCAUCACGAAUAUAUGCCGAAGAGUAGCUCUUGCUUUGGCAAGUAAAGCGGCACAAUUUAUACGCAUGCCUAGUACUUUAGAAGAGCAAGAACAAGUGGUUUCUGGAUUUAGAAACAUUUGUGGCUCUAAAAAGGGGUUUUCAUCCUUAAAUGUCCAGGUAGUUUGUGAUGCUCAAUUAAAGAUAAGGGAUAUAGUAGCACACUGGAGGGGCAGCACACAUGAUGCAAAAAUAUUCAGGGAAAGCCAAAUCCGACAACGAUUUGAAAAUGUGGAAUUUCAUGCUCGUUUACAAGGAGAUUCUGGCUAUGGUUUGACAAAUUACUUGUUUACACCAGCCCAGAAUCCCCGUACUGCUAAAGAGGAAUCUUAUAAUAAAUCACAUAUAUUGACAAGAAAUACAAUUGAAAGGUGUUUCGGAGUUUGGAAACAAAGGUUCCGAUGUCUAUUACUUGGGUUUAGUGUGUCACUGGAAAAUAUAAAAUUAUACAUUGUUGCACUUGCGAUAUUACACAAUAUUGCCAUUGAAAUGAAUGAAGGCAUUGAUUUCCUUGAACCAGUCACAUCUGAAGAUAAUGGUGACCAACAAGUGCUAUGGGAAGGUCUUGAUAGCCGAUCUGGUCAAUAA